AUGAGUCCGCCUACAGGAGGGAGGUGGAGGGAGGUGGAGGUGGCGUUCAGCUCCAACCUGGAGCUGAACGCCCAGAAGACAGUGGAGAUGAUUGUGGACUUCAGGAAGAGCACUGUCCCCCCGCCCCCACCCUCCGUGAUGGACUCCCCCAUCACCUCUGUGGAGUCCUAUCGUUUCCUGGGCACCACCAUCAUCCAGGACCUCAAGUGGGAGCCGACCAUCAGCUCCCUCAUCAAGAAGGCCCAGCAGAGGAUGUACUUCCUGCGGCAGCUCAGGAAAGCCAAGCUGCCUGCACAGAUGUUGGUGCAGUUCUACACGGCCAUCAUCGAGUCCAUCCUCACCUCCUCCAUCACCGUGUGGUUCGCUUGA